CGUCCGGCGGGGCAGGCGUCCCCAAACCUCAGCCCCGGCCUCUCCUCUCCGGGCCCAGAAGGAAGCCGCAGCGAAGGAGGCGGCGGCGGGGGUGCCGCGAGCGCGCCUCACCUGCGGGAGGCGGGAGGCGGGAGGCGGGAGGCGGGAGGCGGGAGGGCCCGUCCCGGGCUCUCCUCCUCCGACAGCCGGCCUGCCGCGGGGCAGGCGUCCGCUCGCCCAUCCUUCCUGCCCGCCGCCCGCCCCGGCGCCUCCACGCAGCCGCCGCCGCCAGCUCGCCGCCCGGUGCCGGAGCGCGGGGCCACCGGGGCCCCUCCGACUCUCGCCCCCGCGCUCCUCCGCGCCCUUCUCCUCCUUCCCCGCGCCGGCGGCGGGGCUGGAGCGGGGCGCCCCCCACCCCCAACUCCGGGACGCGCUCGUCGAGAGGGCGGCGACUGCGGGGAGGAGGGGCGCCGCCCGCCUCCCGGGGCCUGGAGCGCGCGUGGCCCGGGAGCCGCCGGCGCCGCGCGGGGACUCACAGUGCAGCGCGCUGCGCCCGGACUCGGCUGGCUCCGCUCGGCGCGCGGGCGGCCCACGGGAUGCUGGCGGGCUGCCCCGGCCUCGGCCCGCGCUCCCGCCCGGGAGGGCCCCGGGUGCGCCCCUAGCCGCGCCGCCGCCGCCGCCGCCGCCAGCGCGGGGGCGAGAGGGAGGGGUCCGGCCGCGCCGCGAGCCGCAGCCCCAGGGGCGGGCGCCCCCCGAUUUUCCAGCCCCCGCCGCCUCCUUCCUCCUGCGGCUGGGCGCCCGCGGAUGCUGAGGGGCAGCCCCGCGCCUCUCCCUGCCGGGUUCCGGGCCUGACGGCGGGGGCCUCGCGCUCCGGCCGGGGACCGGGGAUCGGGGACCGGAGACCGGGGCCGCUGGCGGGGCGACCCCCGGGCGCGCUGAGCCCUCCUGCCCCCCGCCCGCCACACGCGUGACCCAGCCCCGCAGCCCGCGCAGGGACCGGCCGGACCACGCGGCUCCCGAGUUCCCGCACAGUUCCAGAUGAGCCGCGCUACCUGUGCCCUGGAGAUCUGCGCUGCGUCGCUGCGGGAGGUGGCCGGCCCUCGGUUGUCGCCAGCUCUCCCAGAGCCCUGGUAGGUGGCCCAUUGCAGAGCCCUCCCCCCGUUCCCCGUCCACUUCUCCUGGGCCGGUAGAAGCAGACAGCAGCCGGGAUGCCGAGGAACCAGGGCUUCUCCGAGCCCGAGUACUCGGCCGAGUACUCCGCCGAGUACUCGGUCAGCCUGCCCUCGGACCCUGACCGCGGCGGGGGCCGGACCCAUGAAAUCUCGGUCCGGAACUCGGGGUCCUGCCUCUGCCUGCCGCGGUUCAUGCGGCUGACCUUCGUGCCCGAGUCCUUGGAGAACUUGUACCAGACCUACUUCAAACGGCAGCGCCAUGAGACCCUGCUGGUGCUGGUGGUGUUCGCGGCCCUCUUCGACUGCUACGUGCUGGUCAUGUGCGCCCUGGUCUUCUCCAGCGACAAGCUGGCUCCCCUCCUCGUGGCCGCGGUGGGGCUGCUGUUGGACAUCGUCCUCUUCGUGCUCUGCAGAGAGGGGCUGCUGCCCGACCGGGUCACCCGGAAAGUGGUGCCCUACCUCCUGUGGCUGCUGAUAACGGCCCAGAUUUUCUCCUACCUGGGCCUGAACUUCGCGCGAGCCCACGCGGCCAGCGACACGGUGGGCUGGCAGGCCUUCUUCGUCUUCUCCUCCUUCAUCACGCUGCCGCUCAGCCUCAGCGCCAUCGUGGUCAUCUCUGUGGUCUCCUGCGUCGUGCACACGCUCGUCUUGGGGGUCACCGUGGCCCAGCAGCAGCAGGACGGGCUGAGGGGCAUGCACUUGCUGAGGGAGAUCCUGGCCAACGUCUUUCUCUACCUGUGCACCAUCACCGUGGGCAUCAUGUCCUACUACAUGGCGGACCGCAAGCACCGCAAGGCCUUCCUGGAGGCCCGCCAGUCGCUGGAGGUGAAGAUGAACCUGGAAGAGCAGAGCCAGCAGCAGGAGAACCUUAUGCUUUCCAUCCUGCCCAAGCAUGUGGCUGACGAGAUGCUGAAGGACAUGAAGAAGGACGAGAGCCAGAAGGACCAGCAGCAGUUCAACACCAUGUACAUGUAUCGGCACGAGAACGUCAGCAUCCUCUUUGCGGACAUCGUGGGCUUCACCCAGCUGUCUUCUGCUUGCAGUGCCCAGGAGCUCGUGAAGCUGCUCAACGAGCUCUUUGCCCGCUUUGACAAGCUGGCCGCCAAAUACCACCAGCUGCGGAUUAAGAUCCUGGGUGACUGUUACUACUGCAUCUGCGGCCUGCCCGACUACCGGGAGGACCACGCCGUGUGCUCCAUCCUCAUGGGGCUCGCCAUGGUGGAGGCCAUCUCGUACGUGCGGGAGAAGACGAAGACUGGGGUGGACAUGCGUGUGGGGGUGCACACGGGCACCGUGCUGGGGGGCGUCCUGGGCCAGAAGCGCUGGCAGUACGACGUGUGGUCUACCGACGUCACGGUGGCCAACAAGAUGGAGGCCGGUGGCAUCCCCGGGCGUGUGCACAUCUCCCAGAGCACCCUGGACUGCCUGAAGGGCGAGUUCGACGUGGAGCCGGGCGAGGGCGGCAGCCGCUGUGAGUACCUGGACGAGAAGGGCAUCGAGACCUACCUCAUCGUCGCGUCCAAGCCAGAGGUGAAGAAGACGGCCACGCAGCGCGGUCUCGGCGGCCCGGCCCUGCGAAACGGAGCGCCAGCUUCCUCCAAGCCCAGCUCCCCCGCCCUCAUUGAGACCAAGGAGCCCAACGGGAGCAUCCACACCAGCGGCUCCACAUCGGGGGAGCCUGACGAGCAGGAUGGCCAGGCUGACAAUCCCUCGUUCCCCAACCCACGCCGGAGGCUGCGCCUUCAGGACCUGGCUGACCGAGUGGUGGACGCCUCUGAGGACGAGCAUGAGCUCAACCAGCUACUCAACGAGGCCCUGCUUGAGCGAGAGUCCGCCCAGGUAGUGAAGAAGAGAAACACCUUCCUCCUUUCCAUGCGGUUCAUGGACCCCGAGAUGGAAACCCGCUACUCAGUGGAGAAGGAAAAGCAGAGCGGGGCUGCCUUCAGCUGCUCCUGCGUUGUCCUGCUCUGCACGGCGCUGGUCGAGAUACUCAUCGACCCCUGGCUGACAACGAACUACAUGACCUUUGUGGUCGGGGAGGUUCUGCUUCUGAUCCUGACAAUCUGCUCGCUGGCCGCCAUCUUUCCCCGGGCCUUUCCUAAGAAGCUCGUUGCCUUCUCGACUUGGAUCGACCGGACCCGCUGGGCCAGGAACACCUGGGCCAUGUUAGCCAUCUUCAUUCUGGUUAUGGCAAACGUCGUGGACAUGCUCAGCUGUCUCCAGUACUACACGGGACCGAACAACAGCACCGCAGGGCUGGAGGCGGAGGAUGGCUGCGUAGAGAACCCCAAGUAUUACAACUAUGUCGCCGUGCUGUCCCUCAUUGCCACCAUCAUGCUGGUGCAGGUCAGCCACAUGGUGAAGCUCACACUCAUGCUGCUCGUCACCGGGGCCGUGGCCGUCAUCAACAUCUAUGCCUGGCGCCCCAUCUUUGAUGAAUACGACCGUAGACGUUUUCAGGAACAUGACUUUCCCGUGGUCGCCUUAGAGAAGAUGCAGGGAUUUUCCACCCCUGGGCUCAACGGCACUGGCAGCCUGCCCCUGGUGCCUUCUAAGUACUCCAUGACCAUGAUGAUCUUCGUCAUGAUGCUGAGCUUCUACUACUUCUCACGCCACGUAGAAAAACUGGCAAGGACACUGUUCUUGUGGAAGAUCGAGGUCCACGACCAGAAGGAACGUGUCUACGAGAUGCGGCGCUGGAAUGAGGCCUUGGUCACCAACAUGUUGCCUGAGCACGUGGCACGCCAUUUCCUGGGGUCCAAGAAGAGAGAUGAGGAGCUGUACAGCCAGUCUUACGAUGAGAUUGGAGUCAUGUUUGCCUCUCUGCCCAACUUUGCCGACUUCUACACGGAAGAGAGCAUCAAUAAUGGUGGCAUUGAGUGUCUGCGCUUCCUCAAUGAGAUCAUCUCAGAUUUUGAUUCUCUCCUGGACAAUCCCAAAUUCCGGGUCAUCACCAAGAUCAAAACCAUUGGCAGUACCUACAUGGCAGCUUCAGGAGUCACCCCCGAUGUCAACACCAACGGCUUUGCCAGCUCCAACAAGGAGGAGAAGUCAGACAAGGAGCGCUGGCAGCACCUGGCCGAUCUGGCCGACUUUGCCCUGGCCAUGAAGGAUACGCUCACAAACAUCAACAACCAGUCCUUCAACAACUUCAUGCUGCGCAUCGGCAUGAACAAAGGAGGGGUCCUGGCUGGGGUCAUUGGAGCCCGGAAACCACACUAUGACAUCUGGGGCAAUACGGUCAAUGUGGCCAGCAGGAUGGAGUCCACAGGGGUCAUGGGCAACAUUCAGGUGGUGGAAGAAACACAAGCCAUCCUCCGAGAGUACGGCUUCCGCUUUGUGAGGCGAGGGCCCAUCUUUGUGAAAGGGAAGGGGGAACUGCUAACCUUUUUCCUGAAGGGGCGUGAGAAGCCAGCUGCCUUCCCUAACGGCUCCUCGGUCACCCUGCCCCACCAGGUGGUGGACAACUCCUGAAUGGCCUCCAGCCCCACCACAGUCCAAAUGGGAAGGGAGAACCCAUUUUUUGGAAUCACAGAAAGGCCUUGGGAAAGGACACAUGACCAAGUCCCAGCAUUCCCAAAUUGAAGUGCACACUCACAUAGACUUUAGGUUUAAAAAUCUCCUCAAGUCUUCAUUUGUUCAUGGAUACGUGAGCUCUGAGGGCGGCCAUACUAUUCCUCAGUGUGCCUGUAGCUUCCUCAGAGAGUAGGGGUCUUAGGUGUAGUACUGGAACAAUCCUUCCAGGGCUCUGGGUCUGACCAGCCCUCCUUCCCCCAGAGAGGCCACGGCCACUGUGAGCAGGAAAUGUGUCCAAGGUGGAACAAAGCUGCCUUUGCUUCUGGGCUGGGAGCACAGAUGGGAGAGCUGGGCUUCAGACGAGGACUCGGCAGGACUUGACAGCUGAGCAGGCAAGUGUUCUGCUCCCCAGCGCUCACCUGAAGCAGUCUUUCAAGCUGGAGACCUGCUCGUCUCCAUGUGGUCCGGGUUAGGUGAACUGGCCCUCAUGCUGAUGUUCCUGAUAAUCUUGAAAGGUUCUUCUGGAACCCCUGCCACCUUAGUCAUGAGAGCAGAAAGUGCAAUAUUUCCUUUUACCUGGUGGGAGGGAGGGAAAGGGAAUUUAUUUCUGAGAGAAAAAUAUAUAAACAGAUCUUCUACAUUUAUAUUUUUAACUUUCUGUUAAAAAAAACCACUUUCCAAUAUUGCCUUGCCUCUUGAGCUCUUGCUACAGUCGCCUUUGCUGCUGCUUUAAAAGAGAAUUUACAGGUAUUGAUAAAGAACAAGACUGUUUUAUUAAAAGCUUUAUUCAACUUGAA